UUCGCUGCACAACGCGCCUCGACGCCCGGGUCCUGCAGCUAUACGACAAGCGUUACUGCGACCGUGUACCUGUAACAGGUGCCCGAGCAUCAUACACGGAUCGUUGGGCAAACAACCGGGUUCAGUUACAUUGUGCAUCAGGUCCGGUAGUGGCAAGUUUACAAGUGCAGCGCUCGUUCUGUCUCAAAGAGCUUUGGAGCGAAAAAAAAAAAAAAGAAAAAAAGGAAAAAAAAUGCCAGCCAGUGGAUUGAGGUACCCGUGUAAGUCACCUUCCACCCGCGAAGCUCUUGGUUUUCCGAUGUCGGAGGGAAACCAGUGAGCCAACCGAUGUUGUUUUCACCGAGUACAACCAGCCCGCUGGAUGCCAUGGAUCAGUUGCAGAGCUUGCGAAUGCAGUUCCUGCAGGAACUAAACAGCAAUUUCGAAAACAACACAAACGCCGGCCACGGCGGCAAUCAAGUGGACAACGAGAGCGCGGUCACGCCCACCCUACCGCCAAACAUGAGAUUCACGAGUCGGUCCCUCAUCAUCAUAAUAAUCUACAGCUUGUGCUUUGUCGUCGCCCUCGUCGGCAACCUCACGGUUUUCAUGACUCUGUCGAGGGGCAGGUACCGCAAGUCCCGGAUAUCGCUGAUGAUGUGCCACCUAUCGAUCGCCGAUCUUUUCGUCACCUUCUUCACGAUACCCCUCGAGAUCGGCUGGAGAAUAACGGUCCAGUGGAUAGCUGGGAACACAGCUUGCAAAGUAUUACAAUUUUUCCGAGCCUUUGGCCUGUACUUGUCGAACAACAUAUUGAUCUGCGUCUCCCUGGACAGGUACUUUGCCGUCCUGCAUCCUUUGCGAGUGAACGACGCCCGCCGGCGGGGGAAAUUCAUGCUGAGCAUAGCCUGGAUUCUCAGCACCGUGUACUCCGUGCCUCAGGCGAUAGUAUUCCACGUGAGGAGGCACCCGGAGGUAAAAAACUUCACGCAGUGCGUGACCUUCGAGUCGUUUCCGUCUGACGCGGUGGAGAACCUCUACAACAUGUGCUCUAUGGCGUGCAUGUACUUCAUACCCCUGGCGACCAUCUGUUGGGUCUAUUCGAAAAUACUCGGCGAAAUAAGCAGCAAGUCGAGGGACAACAAUCCAGUAGCGACCAAGUCGAGCAGCAGCGGGACGCGCGAUGACUCGAGAAGCACCCACGGGAGUAAAAUGCGGCUGAGGCGCUCGGACAUGUCGAGCAUCGAGAGGGCCCGGAGCAGGACGCUCAGGAUGACCAUCAAAAUCGUCAUUGCCUUCAUCUUUUGCUGGACGCCCUACAUCACCAUGUCCCUUUGGUACAUGAUCGAUCGAAAGAGCGCCGAGCGGGUCAACGAGAUGGUCCAAGAGUCCCUGUUCAUCAUGGCCGUGAGCAACUCGUGCGCCAAUCCGCUCGUUUACGGAUGCUACACGAUAGACUUGAAGAAGGAGUGCUGUCGCUGCUUCCUCCCCUGCGUCACCAGGAGAAAGCCCAACCACGACGUCAACCUCAUCCCGAGAAGCCUUGGUUACUACAAUUAUUCAUUUACAAUAUAUUAUGUGCCUAUAUACCCUUAG